AUGGCACUUCUGUCAAAGCGUUUCCGACUUCUUGACUUGCCAAAGGAGCUCCGAGAUAACAUCUACGAACUCACCCUGAGAACAGAUUACCACCGGCACAGCUUCUUCUGCACCUUCGCCCAGGGACCGAUAACAGCAAACCACAUCAGCUCCAACAUCCUCGUUGUGAGUCGCCAAGUGUACAACGAAGCUCGAUCGAGACUUCUGGCGGUCAAUACGUUCCAUUUCCGCAGUUCGAAGCAAGGCCGCGACCUGCGUACACUCACGGACCUACUCUCGACACACGUGGGCAUUCCGUGUGAUCCGUCUAUCCUAAAUGCAACGUUGUACCUCGAACCAGACUGUGACCGGGGCUACGCCGCGUUCAGUUUCCACUUGUUUACUGUCGCGCUCGUAAAAUGCGCAUUCAGUGGCCUCAUGAUUCGCAACCUUGGGAUCCAAAUCUGCAGGGGAUUCGAAUUCAUAGAUUCUCUCGGACAGCCAGAUCCGACGGCACUUUACAACCUCGGGCGUGCGUUGGAAAAUAUCCAUGAUGUCCAGUCAGUCGAAAUCGUUAAUAUGGCCGGCUGGAUGAAGGAGGCCGAUGUCGAAGCUUUGUGCAUCGCGGCUUUACGCUCGUCUCUAGCACUGCUUCCUUCGGAGAUCAACGAGAUCAAGGAAACCCUGAGGAUAGCGAGACUGAACAUCUCAGAGAGCAAGGAUGCCAUCGAAGGGUGCAACAACGGCACUAACUUGGAUACAGAUCGCGAACGUCUGCAAUCUCUUUCAAGCAGACCGGCAGCAAUAACAGGCUCCAAUCCCUGGCUCCACACCCUCAGGCUCACCCGACCCGCGUUCGUCGAUUUCUCUGAUACUCACCGCGGACCCCGUAUUAUUGAGGAAGAGGCGGGAACUUCGGCGUCUCAAUCUCUUGCAGAACUGUUGUUUCAACGCAAUCAGCGGGUUCUGGACGAGAUGCGGCUGCGACCGAUGUCCACCUUCGACCCUGCGGAAAGUCUUCCUGGAUCAAGAAGCUGGUGA